AUGUGGUCAACAGCUCUGUCAAACAUCUUUAUCCUCCCCUUUCUCCUCCUAAUCUCAAUCCCCCUUGCCCUAUCCGCCUUCGUAACCGCAACCCUAGCCCUAACUACACUAUUCGUCCGCGCUCUAGUCGUAUACUUUGAACUAGUCAUCGCCUUACUCGCGCAUUUCUUCUUGUUUCCAGCUCAUUCACCUGCGUCGGGGUCAUUUCUUGCUCUUACAGAAGGGAGUACGCCGGGCAUUGAGCGAACGGCGCAUUAUGCCAGAACGGCCAAGUAUGGCCAUCAACAUACGGGACUUGUGAAAUCGCGUAGGGGAUCGUUGUCCUCAAAGGAAGGUGUUGCUGAGGAUUACUUCCUUCACCAUCCCCCACAACAUGGCCAUGCCCCAAUCCACUCAUCACACGAAGCACUAUCAAGCUUCAUCUCCGGCAACGCGGAGCGUGACUUCGAAGGCGUCGGCGGCUGGCGGACACCCCUACCAAGAAAGAAACAUCAUCAAACAUCAUCCGCUUCAUCCAUGAGCUACAACAACAGCAGCGAAGAAGAACUGUCUUUCGAUCAUGAUGAUGACGAGGCUUGGCUAUCAAUUAACAAACGGCUGGAACUGCCAUCGAGACGAUUUCACGUCCCAUCACCGAUGCUCUCACCGAAAAUUGUGACAAACACGGCAUUGGAAGAUCAGGCACGCUUUCAUCAUCAACAACAACAGCACUCGAAACCGCAACAACGACCGAGAUUCCACAAAAGAUCCAAAACAUCACCCCUUCUCUCAACGCAGAACUUCCCAUCAUCCGUAACAACGAUAACGAAUCAACAAUCGAAUCAACCUCAAUCAACACAGCAACUGCAAACAUCCAAAUCCAGCGCGGGUCUCGAUUCUCUUGCAUCGCCCCCUCGAUCAUCAACUUCAUCGUUGACAACCUCCUCGUCCUCCGGAUGGCAUGAUGUCGGCAGUCCUCUGCUCAUGACAUCGUCGUUCUCUGGCCUUGGCGCGGAUUACAAGAUGGUGCAUUAUUACCAUCAUCAACCUCUCACUGGACAGCGGGCUCGGAGACGGAGUUCAGGUGGUUCGUCGUCGGCGGCGGCGAAGCUGAUGUCUUUGACUGGGUUGGGUUUGACUUGA